CAAUUUUCACAACAGUAUUGUUCCCUUAGCUCAGAUGAUUACAGUGAGGGUGAGUUUGAAAUGACGCCUGUGGUGUCUUUCACCGGCUUUUUGGCAGCGUUUGCUUGGCUUUCACUAAGCAACGCUCUUUACUUCCAUAUUGGUGAAACAGAAAAAAAAUGUUUCAUAGAAGAAAUACCGGAUGAAACCAUGGUUAUAGGGAAAUACAGGACACAACUAUGGGACAAGCAAACUGGAUCAUUCCUGCCCUCCACCCCAGGGCUUGGGAUGCAUGUGGAGAUCAAGGAUCCAGAAACCAAGAUCAUUCUCUCCCGUCAGUACGGCUCUGAAGGUCGGUUCACUUUUACCUCCCACACUCCUGGAGAGCACCAAAUCUGCUUACACUCCAACUCCUCCAAGAUGGCUCUGUUUGCGGGGGGCAAAUUGAGAGUUCAUCUGGACAUUCAAGUGGGUGAACACACUAACAACUACCCAGAGAUUGCAGCCAAGGACAAGCUGACUGAACUGCAGUUACGGGUCAGGCAGCUUCUGGAUCAGAUUGAGCAGAUCCAGAAAGAGCAAAAUUAUCAGAGGUAUCGCGAGGAGCGUUUCCGCAUGACGAGCGAGAGCACCAACCAGCGUGUCCUGUGGUGGUCCAUUGCCCAGACUCUCAUACUCAUCGUCACAGGCAUCUGGCAGAUGAGGCACUUGAAGAGUUUUUUCGAGGCCAAGAAGCUUGUGUAAAAUUAACCACCCAGGACUGAUGUGUGUACAAGUUUACAAAUGAAGACAUUUUCACUCGUUAACCCCCAUAUAUAUAUACACAGAGGUCUGGCAAACUAAUCAUUCAUAGAAUACCCAUACAAGUAGACACCUACACAAUUAGUUAAAUAUCCACAAUGUAUUUCUUGCCCUAUGUGUAGUACUUAGUCUUAAUACAAUGGCAUACAAACUGAUGUGUAAAGAGCCAUGUUGUAUGGCAUCAGGUUUAUACCAUCACAUUAAGAGUCACUGGCUCUACUAAAGCAGUCAUUGGAAUUAUAUGAUUAAUCAUGUUACACUUCCAUUACUUUGCAAAACCCAGAAAAAGAUAGAAUGAAGGAUAGAAAUACUAUAUCAAGGUGAAAUAUAAGAGGCUUAUAUAAUUUUUUUGGUUUUCUUUUGCUGGAUGUAUGUGUAUAUAUUGAUUUCAUAAAUGCCCCGUCUACUUCUGAAAACAUUGUAGUUGUCAAAUAUGACCUGACUUGUUUUAUUUAUUUCCUUAAGUAUAAAGUAAUGGCAACAUAACCCAGUGCUAUUUUUGGUCGUGUUGACAGUUUCAGGUACCUUCCCAUUUGUUGUUUUGAAACUUAGGUAGAAUUAUGUUUCAUAUAGAAGUGUACUUACUGGCUAUACAUGUGAUGGCCCAUGUGUAUAUUCUACAUGAUUUAUCAGUACUGCAGCUAUUCAGAAAGCAACCUCUCAAAAUGUAUUCAGUUGUGACACAUCUGGUGUGUUUGUGUGUGUGUAAAGUUAAGGCACCAUGGUUGGAUCAGCAUUUUCCUUGCAUUGCAGUUCAGCACAUUCCUGAAUACACCACAUAGAUGUACUUGGUAACUAAGAAGCUGAAUAGCUUAAUGUACAAGAACAGCUUCUCAGUCAGCCAGUGUCAUACUAUGUGAAAACAGUAUACUGAUGAUAAGCAUUUUCUAUUUUAGUUAGCAUGUCCAUUUUAAAUGAAGUUAGAUAUGACUUUCUGUUACGUAGUAUAAUUCAGUCUUGUCUUUGUGUGAGACUAAGCUUAAGGUGUUUCAUGGAAUCACAUUAAUCUUGACCCCCAUUAUGUUGGCCAUGGACAAAAGUUAAAGAUGACAGUUAUAACUGCAGGAUGAAAGAUUUCAUGUUCUUGAUGUUUUCGUACAGACUACAAAGAUGUGUUUAUUUAUAAAUGUCAAAUUGCCUCUCUUAAUAUGCUGAUAAUAAAUAGCUCAAACUA